GGCCAGUGGACCAGACUGUGGCAAGUAGGAGUAGACAAUGUAUCUGGUUUGGUAGAAGGAAUAGUGCUCCAUCAUUGGUGUCAGUGGGAGUUAAAAUGCCCCAUCAUUUUUGUCAACCGGAGGAAUAGUGCCCUAUCAUUGGUGUCAACCAGAGGAAUAGUGCCCCAUCAUUGGUGGCAGUGGGAGGAAUAGUGCCCCAAUAUAGUGGGAGGAAUAGUGCCCCAUCAUUGGUGGCAGUGGGAGGAAUAGUGCCCCAUCAUUGGUGGCAGUGGGAGGAAUAGUGCCCCAUUGUAGAUGUCAGUAGGGGGAAUAGUGCCCCAUUGUAGAUGUCAGUAGGGGGAAUAGUGCCCCAUUGUAGAUGUCAGUAGGGGGAAUAG